AUGUUUUGGGUGGUUGUGCCGCGCCCAAAUGUUACAGGGAAUCUCACAGAGCGUGCGGCGGCAUCGCGAUUUUCAAAUAUUUCCGUUGUUCCCGCCGCUGUCGGUGCAGUCUCACUUGCUAACUCUCGGUCAUGUACAGAAGCGGCUGAAGAUUAUUAUUCUUGGAUAAUUGUACUGCUUAUCGUCCCAGCGGUCAUAAAUUGCUGUUCGAUAGCACUGAUAUUUGUUACCAUUGUGCACAUUCGCCGGUUGAAAAGUGUUACCGAAGCUAUCGGAAGCAGGUUGGAUAAUCUGAAGUAG